GAAAAAUCAGUUGACACAAUCUCCUCUUCUUCUGUUCUUUCGGGUGUAGAAGAACGGACAAAUAGAAAAAAAACGAGAAACGACCAACCAAUCGCAGGUUUACAAGUUAAUCGAACCGAAGAAAGGGGGGGUCUCUCUCCGGUUUUGGCCAUUCUUGACGCGACCUCAUUCGACUGCCGAAAUUGCCCAAGAUUCCAUUGAAAAUUGUGCUCGGCGCCGUUGGAGAUUCCACCAUAAAAGACGAUCCUAAUUUCUCGGAGUCGUAGCUGCAGCUCCCUUAAUCCCCCCUUCGUUUCUCUCUGCUCUGCUGGGAACUGGUAAAGCUUGAAGGGCGAGAGAGAGAGAGAGAGAGAGAGAGAGAGAGAGAGGAAGAAAUGGCUUCUUGGAAUUCGACGUCUCUGGAGGUGUUGUACGAGGUUUUGGGAUGGUCAGCUUUCGCCUCUUGGUCCGUCAGCUUCUACCCACAAGUCAUCUUGAACUUCCGAAGGAAGAGCGUUGUGGGUCUGAAUUUCGAUUUCGUCGUGCUGAAUUUGACGAAGCACUCGUCGUACCUGAUAUACAACGCGACCCUCUACUUCAGCGCCGCUGUGCAGAGGCAGUAUUAUGAGAAGUACGGCUACGGACAGAUGAUCCCCGUGGCCGCAAAUGACGUGGCAUUUUCCAUACAUGCCGUUCUAUUAACUGCAAUAAUGUUGGUCCAGAUUGCAAUUUAUGAUCGUGGCAGUCAGAAAAUCUCUAAGAUUUCACUAGUAAUUGUCUCUGCUGUGUGGUUGACUGCUGCAGUCUGCUUUUUCAUAGCCUUACCGACGCAUUCUUGGCUUUGGCUCAUCUCCAUUUUCAACUCAAUUCAAGUGUUCAUGACAGUCAUCAAGUACAUUCCUCAGGUAUUUAUGAACUUUGGACGAAAAAGCACAGAUGGAUUCAGCAUUGGCAACAUUUUGCUUGAUUUUCUUGGUGGGGUUGCAAACUAUGCGCAGAUGACAGUGCAGUCUAUUGACCAAAAUUCUUGGGUCAACUUCUAUGGGAAUAUUGGGAAGACGUUACUUUCUCUGGUAUCUAUAUUCUUUGACCUGAUUUUCAUGCUUCAACAUUUUGUUCUCUAUCGUGCCAAGAAAUCGCCAGUUAAUCCGAAGUCAAGUAAGGAUAUUGAAGAGCCAUUGGUCAAGUCCACUGAUCAGUCACAGUCAGAAGAGGCUUGAGGUUAAGUUGCCAUAUGCUACAAAGAAAUAUCGAUCGGCCAUUUUUCUGCUAUUGCAAACUAUAAGUCUUUGUGGGCAUAUAGAACUCAUGAUUCUGAAGCAUUUGAAGGAGAUGUGCAUAAGAAAACAAAAACUGGGAACCGCCUUUUUCUUCUUUGACCCUCAGUUAUCUGGUUGUAUCAUGUUAAUAUUAAAGCACCUGAUCUGUCGGGUUGCAUACACCUACAGGAAUAUAUAGCCUCGAAGUGUAGUUUGUCAUACACCUAUAGGAAUAUAUAGCCUCGAAGUGUAGUUUGUCACACACCUAUAGGAAUAUAUAGCCUGGAAGUGUAGUUUGUUCUCAUCUUGCAUUGCUUUGUGAGAAAAUGAUCUUGUGUAUACACGCUGUAUCGCUCUGCAUGUGAAAGAGCUUUUUCAGAUAUGGUGAAAAUUGUUCCUUCCCAUAGAA